AUGCCGAAUACACGAAGUUCUAAUCGUUAUAUUGUCAUUCCUAAUGGAUUAAGUGAAGAAGAAAUGGACACAUCCGAGUCAGAAGAUGAAAUUAGUGCUGUUCAACAUGUUUUACAAGAUAAAUUAAAAAUCAACGAAGACAAUUCAUCUAGUGAAGCAAUUCCAGCAGCAGAUUUUACUGGAACUUUGCCACCGCCACCAAUACAUGAAGAAUUAGAACCUAUUGAUUACUUUUAUUCUAUGUUCGGCAAGGAAUCUAUUACACUUAUGACAAAUCAAUCAAAUUUAUAUUCUACCCAAAUGAAUCCAAAUAAACCACUUUGUGUUUCUGAAAACGAAAUGAAACGUUUUAUAGGUAUAUUAUUAAUGACUGGUGUCUAUUCAUUUCCACAACAGUGUUAUUUUUGGAUGAAUGCUACUCGUGUUGAAUCUAUAACCUCGGCUAUGAGUCGAGAUCGAUUUUUACAAAUUAAAAGAAAUAUUCAUGUUGUUGAUAAUGCAAAUCAAUUAGAUAGCAAUGAUCCGAAUUUUGAUCGUGCGUAUAAAGUACGACCAUUAUUAAAUAUUGUUAAAGAAAAUUUCCGAAAAAUUGCAAAAGAGGAAAAAUUAAGUGCAGAUGAACAAAUUAUACCUUUCAAAGGACGAAGCAUCAUGAAGCAACACAUGCCAAAAAAAACCACACCGUUGGGGUUAUAA